AUGACACAUUCCUUCCCAGAGCCUAUCAAGCUUUACGACGACGAGACAAGCUCCACUCAGUCGGAGACGUCCGAUACAGUUCCCAACACAUUCGAAGGUCCCGAGAAGAAUCUCGAGAUUGACUUUAAAAUCGGUGUUGGCCAUGAACGUGGCUUACGUGAGGUAUCCCGUCAAGACUUGGAUGAGAUGCUAGAAGCUGGACAGUGUCAGAUCUUGUCUUGCACCAGCAACGAGCAUAUUGACGCCUACGUGCUGUCUGAGAGCUCCAUGUUUAUUUAUGCACACAAGAUCGUGCUCAAGACGUGCGGUACUACCACGUUGCUCAAGUGUUUGCAGUUUAUCAAGACGUUUGCCGAACGACUGGGACUUGAGAUUGAGUGGGUCAACUAUUCCCGCAAGAAUUACACCUUUCCAGAAGAGCAAAAGUACCCCCACACAAGUUUCCAAAACGAGGUGGCGUUCUUGAGCUCUUAUUUUCCAGACGGAUCCGCUCAUGUCCUAGGACCGUUGAACCGUGAUCACUGGUACAUCUACGCGUGGGAUGCUGAUAUUCAUGAGCCUGGUGCUGAUACAUUGACGCAUUAUGACCCGAUGCAAGAGCCUGGUGCGAACGAAAGCACACUUCACGUGCUGAUGCAGGACAUGGACUCGAGUGUAGCCAAGCAAUUCUUUAAGAACAACGAUAGCACCAUGACUUCUCGUCGAAUGACAAUUGAAAGUGGAAUUCGUGACUUGGUGCCCGGUGCGUUGAUCGAUGAUUUCGCUUUUGACCCAUGUGGAUACUCGAUGAAUGGUAUCUUGUUUGAUGCAUACUACACGAUCCACAUCACUCCGGAGAGUGGAUGCAGCUACGUGAGCUUCGAGACCAAUGCACGUCUUCGUUCGUACGCGUCUCUACUGAAGAACGUGCUGCGUUGCUUUCGUCCGGCCAAGUACUCGGUGAGUGUUUACACAGACCGCAACGCGCUGGAGUCGGCAAAGGGCAACAAUAUGUUUACGGAGGACCUGGUUAAGAUCGAUGAUGACUUGUUGUACAAGCGUAAGGGUGGUCACACGCAGGCCACGUUCGAAGGCGACUAUAUGUGCCGCAUGGCUAACUACUCCCAGUUGGACAAGCUUUUGCUUCGCCGCGCCGCACAGAAGAUUCGCUCUCCUUCCUUUGCUUAG